GUCAGAAACCACAACUUCUUUGAUCUCGCUACAGAAAGUGCGACUUGAGUUAUCAGUUUGUGGUGCCAGUGAACCGUAUCAGCAGACAUCUCAGAUUCAGCAUUCCAGUAUGAAGGUGCUUGUCCUGACACUAGCCCUCGUGGGCUGCACCCUGGCCAUGCCGGUUGGAGUAGAGCAAGACCAUCCUCGGCCCGUGGUGCCACUCGUCAUCACAGACUAUUCCUCAGUUGCCAGCAAGAACAACCCUGAAGACAACCCACAGGACGUCCCCAAAGAGUCGUCACCUGCAGCCGAGGAAUCAAAGCCUGAAGAGAAUCCGGCGGCGCCAGAGAACAAACCGGAAGCGGCACCGACAUCAGCACCGGCACCUGCGACCGAUGAUACGAAGCCAGCCAACGACGCUAUCGUCGAAAAGGUGUCACCAAUAGCCGCAGACAACCAAGAGGCUGUAAACAACGACCCCAAGCCUGCAGAAGUCCCUUUGCAAGAGGAAAAGGUUCCUGCAGCAGAAUCAGAUGCGGUGUCAGACAAGAAGGAAGAACCUAUACAAACGAGCGCAGUUGAGACGAGCAGUUCGCAAGAUGCACCUGCAGUGAAACCAGAAGACGCGAAAGUGUCUGAUGAGGUCAAUCCAAUUGCGCCUGUCGCUCUGAAUGCUCCCAAGAUUAGUGAGAAAGCUGAAGAAAGCGAGCCUUCCGACAUUAAACCUGCAGAGGAGGCCAAGGAAGAGCAACAGGCCGAUGAGAAGAACGUGAAGUCCGAGGCGAAGCCAGCUGAAUCCGAACUGCCGGCCGCUGUCACUGAUCCAGCGGAAGAAAAACCCCUGGAGAACGCAGAGGAACAAAGUGCUGUUGAGGAAGCCAAUAAGCCUGUAGCGGCAGAAGAGCCAGCGAAGGACGCGGCACAGGAAAGCCCUGUUAUAAAUCGAAGGCGACGUGGGACAGAUGGCAAAGAGGAGGAAAAGAAAAAACCUACUGAAGUGACAAAGAAGGAGAAAGACGAGAAGAAGGCGAAAGCCGAUGACAUUCCCGUGAGGAACGUAGAAGUCAACUUAGAGGAGGUCAAGGUUCAAGAAACUAGACCCUCUACGCUUGAAGACCCAAAACCGGAGCAGGCUGCGUCCGAAGUGAAACCCGUCGAACUUCCGAAGCCGACCGAAGACAUCCCUGAAGCGAAACCAGAAGUGCCGGUGAACCCCGAGGCUGGCCCAUCUGCAGUCCCUGAGGUCAACUCUGAUAGCUCACAAAAUCCCGCUCAAGUCGACGAGAUCAAGAACGUGGAAGCAAGCGGAGAAAAGAAAAUCGAAUUGCCCAAAGUUGAGGAGGAAAACAUUGAAAAAGUCGAAAACACACCACAAGAAACGAAGAUCGUGCCGGAAGCGGUGGAAAAGGACGCUGAAAAGACGUCUGAUGAAGCAGUUCAAGUAGAAGAAAAAAAGACUGAAGAAGCACCCGUAGCUGAAGAGAAAAAGGAAGUGUCCAGCGAUGAAGUUUCUUCUGAGCCCGUUGUCGAGAAACUAGACGGACAAGUUGCCGCAACGAUAGAGGCUGAGACUCCUGAGAAGAAACCAGAACCGGCAGCAGAUGAGAAGCAACCAGAAAACAAAGAAGAAGGUGUCAAUGUGGCAGAAUCAGCCAGCUCAUAAACGGCUACUGUUUGGCUUCUCCUCUCACUCAUUCGAGUGUCUGCGCAGGACGAGUUUCACGCGGAUGUUGCCAGGCUGACAGCUGACAUUAGUUUAAAGAUUUACCUAAAUCCAUGAAGAUGUUUUAAUCUUCCUCAUCUCUAUCAGAUGUAGUUAGGCAUCAUAUAUAGAUAUUUUACGAGUCAGCAACCCAUCAUCCACAAAUACAAAAGUAUCAUGAUGUCCAUAUGAAGCACAAGGGAUUCCAGAAGAGUGAUGAUUAUCUUUGAUAUGUAAUAUAUUCAUAUUCAAACACAGCAACACAGCAGCAUGAUCUGCCUUCUAUUAUUAUAUUUUAAUUUUAAAUUAAUUCCUAGAAGCGUUGAGUGGGUGAGUGAAUGCAGCUGUAUGUUUGUUAAGGCAAAUCAAAUAUUCUUUCAGACCCAACGAGUACUGUGCCUGUAUUUUAAGGAGGCUUCCAAAUAAACGGUUUUGUACAACC